AUGCCCCCCAGCAUUGACCCUCCCGGAACGCUAAUCCACCAUGCCAACGGCCAAACCAGCCACGUCAUGAUCGACGACUUCACCGACCCAUGGCUCGCGCACGAAACCGAAACCAUCCUGAUCCAACCUGGAUUCGCCCGGCACGCCGCAUUCUGGUAUCACUGGAUCCCCGCGCUGAGUCGUGAGUAUCGCGUGGUGCGGCGCGACUCUCGCGGGCACGGCUGGUCGAGCGCGCCGGCACCAACACCAACCCGACCACCACAACCGGAGGAUGACGAUACCUCAGAACCCCCCUACGACUACGACUGGUCGGUCGACACCAUAUGCGACGAGAUCAUCGACUGCCUGGACCAACUCUCCAUAGCCAAAGUGCACUUCCUCGGCGAGUCGACCAGCGGCAUGAUCGGCGAGAUCCUGGCGGCCAAGUAUCCGCACCGCCUGCGGUCGCUGACCAUCUGCUCGUCGCCGACCUUCUUGCCGCCGCCGGCGCUCGAGCUGUUCGCCUUCGGCCACCGGGACUGGCCGACCGCGUGUCGCGAACUGGGCCCACGGGCUUGGGGGGAGGCGCUGUCCAAGGUCCCCGGCACCGUGUCAGUGCCGGACCCGGCCUACUUGCUCUGGUGGAUCGAUCAGAUCGCCCUGUCGUCGCCGGACGGCCUGGCCGGCUACGCGGGCUUCUUGUCCACCCUGGACUCGAGACCGUAUCUGGCGCAGAUAAGGCUGCCCAUGCUGAUCCUGGCCCCGGCCAAGAGCGCCGCAACCACGCUCGAAGAACAGCGGAAGAUUGCGCAGAGUGUGAAAAAUAGUCGCAUCGAAGUCAUCCAUGGAACGGGCCACGAGAUCUAUGUCGAGAUGCCGCAUGAAUGUCAGGCUGCCGUGUUGGACUUUCUUAAGUCUCUGAAACAAAAGCCUUGA